CGUUUGUGAAAAAAAUGUCAGCUUGUUUCGCUUGACGAAAUGCCUUUUCUUUUUCGUCUAUCGAUAUCGACGACUUCCUUACAGCUCAGACAGCAUUUGCGUUCUUCUUGAUCUGUUCUGGCUGCCCAUGAAGUGGUCAAGUGCGUCGUCGAAGAGGUUUGAUUACCAAGGCAAAGAACCGAGUCAUACGAGCACACUUUUCAUCUGAGGAACGACUCAAAGGAGAAGAACACGCGGGGUGGGAUUUGUUUCUAGCGGACCCAUGUCGAUGAAAGCAGUCAUCCGAUCUUGACGCUUUCCAUUUGCAGGUUGAGAACAAAGUUUGCCUUUUUCAAAACCUUUUUCUUGUAUGUUUGUAAGAGGUUGUCAUGGUCAGGCGGUGAAAGAAAUGAACAUCCUUUGUUUGAUCUCUGCACAAUCUUGAAUUGAUGCAGAUUGAUUGACUGUUGUUCUUUGACGGGCAAGAUUUUUUUGACUCAUUAAGCUGUAAAUUAAGGUUGUAGUACUUGAGCUAAUAAUUGCGUUCUAGAUGUUCGACGGAAUGCCUGAAUGAAAUUACAGGUGAAUUCCCUACCUUCAUGACGGUAGGGCAGCCACGGUUUGGGAAGAGCCAAAGUCUUCGUUCCGAGGCUGUUCGCUCCUGAUUUCGAUAUGAAAAGGCUGGCUUCUCUGAAGGGCGCGAACCAAUUUUUGAGGAGGAACAGGAAGUGGCCAUUGUCCCCAUACAAAACAAAGUGGCACCAAACUUUCUGUGAAGAGCAAGCCAUGCGAACUCUAAAAGACGCAGUCAAGACCACCGUAGAGCCAUUGUGCCACCACCGCAAUCAGCAUCUACUGCAAAAUCCUACUGGGCCCAAUCUUGUUACCACUCUGGUAGACUCCUUUAGUGCUUACAACUGUGAACCAACCCCAAAUGCUUACCGCUUCAUCAUCCAGAGUCUAUGCGAAACCUCGCAGUUCCACCUGAUUCCACCAGUCCUUGAUCACAUUCGAAGUGUGGAGAAAUUCGAAACUCCUGAGUACAUUUUGAGCGAUCUUAUUAAGUUCUAUGGAGAUUUCAACAAAAUUGAAGAUGCUGUUGGUUUGUUUCUCGAUAUACCUAAGUUCAGGUGUGUCCCUACUGUCUACUCACUGAAUGCUCUACUGUUAGUACUUUGUCAUAGCAGAGAUCACUUGAAGAUGGUGCCUCAGAUUUUGCUGAAGAGUCAACAGAUGAAUAUCAGGAUAGAUGAAUCGACUUUUAGAAUAAUGAUUGGCACACUCUGUCGGUUGAAGAAAGUGAAUUAUGCUAUCGACAUAUUGAAUAGACUGAUAAGUGAUGGAUUCUCAGUUGAUGGGAGAAUCUGCUCGCUGAUACUUUCAUCAUUCUGUGGACAGAGGAACUUUUCUAGUGUUGAGGUUUUGGGCUUUAUGGAACAAUUGAGGAAAAUGGGUUUUCUCCCAGGGCUAGUGGAUUAUACGAAUGUCAUGAAGUAUUUGGUGAAGAGUAGAAGAGGCAAUGAUGCUUUGGAUGUCUUGAAUCGGAUGAAGGUUGAUGGCAUUAAACCUGAUACUGUUUGCUACACUAUGGUCUUGAGUGGGGUCAUUGCCGAGGAGGAUUAUGAGAAGGCAGAGGAGUUAUUUGAUGAAAUGCUUGUUCUGGGUUUGGUCCCUGAUGUGUAUACCUACAACGUGUAUAUAGAUGGUUUGUGUAAGCAGAAUAAUCUUGAAGCAGCUGUUGAAAUGGUAGCUUGUAUGAAAGAACUUGGCUGCAUACCUAAUGAUGCUACUUACAUCACGAUAAUUAAGAGAUCAUGUAAAGUUGGGGAGCUGAAUAGGGCAAGACAGUUAGUGAGAGAAAUAGGAUUGAAAAGUUUCGGACUAAUGUUGCAGAUAUAUAUGCUUCUGCUUGAGGGAUUCAGUGAUAAUGGUAAAAUUACUGAAGCUGGUGAUUUAGUGGAUGAAUUAUUGAUUAAGAGUUCACAAUUUGAAUGUUUAACAGUUGAUGAGAUAGUAUGUAGUUUGUGCAAGCGAAGAUUGUUCUCAAAAGUGCCAGAGUUACUUGAGGCGAUUGUCAGGAAGGGUAUAAUUCCUGGAGCUAUGACUUGGGAAGCACUUGUUCGUAACUGCAGAUCAGAAAUCAAUUCGCUGGAGAGUAGUCUAACUGAGUUGGUGAAUUCUACACAAGUUGAAUGAAGUGCGCUUGCUUUUGUUGAAUGGCAGCCUUGUUUGAACCCUGUUUCGUAGAAAAUUGAAAAUUUGAAAUCCAUGAAGAAGCCAGUAUUCAAAUGGUGCCCUGUAGAUGAAUGCCUAUUUGGUGAACAACAUGGCAGUGCGAAACUCUCUCCUUCCACCUAAUGAGGAGAAUAUGCAUGGGUUGCAGGAAAUGGUAACAAAACUUUUCAUCGAUUCUUGAAAUAUGAAAUUUAUGACAAUAAGUGAUCCGACUACUUCUAAAUGCUCUCUACAUUCUUCACAAAGCUGUCCUCAGGUCACAGUAGUGAUAAUUACAUGGUUCAGAAUGUCAGGUCCCUUCUUGUACUUUUGUAGUCAGAGUCAAUACAAUGCAAUGCCAAAAUACACACAUACAUUGUGCUUUGUACAUGUUGAGACUACCAACUUAUCAUCACCUAACACCUUCCUUGUCCUUAAAGCUUCCUAAACUUGUUAUCGAUCCACCAAUUUUGUGGGAUGUGUUUCACCCUGUGUUGGUUGUGUUUCCUCUCAUGUGAAGCUAAUGGGAGGACGAAGGCAUGGACGUGAGUGCUGCAUUUGUCAUGUGGGUAAAGGGAUGAUCGGAAUUCGAUGACAUCCAGCGAUCUAUUCGAGUGUGUCGUCUCAUGCAAGGCUAUUGCCUGGGGCAACGAUUGCCUAAAGCACGUGAAGGUGGUACGCUGGAGCGAUGAAGACUGAGGAAUCGAACUUAGAGAUCCGAAGCUCUUAGCAAAAUGUCAAUGUCCUUAGAAUCAGUUGGCGCAUAUCAACAACAUACGACUAAGAAGCAUGAGUAAAGGAUCAAUUUGACGCCCUUCUCAAGUUUUCUAUAUUUGUGCAAGUGAGAUGGUAAGCUUUCCAUAUUUUGUGCAAGCGAGAAUGUAGUUUUCUUGGUAUACAAACAUUGGUUGGUUAAUGCCAAUUUUGCAAGAAAACCCCAUUAGUUUUCAUAUGAAUUUCUAGCUGUUAAGAAACGUCAAUCAGUCCCCUUCUAUUAUGUAUUGUGGCUUAAUUAUCUCUUGACAAUGCAUCCACCACGAUGACUUCACAUAUGUAGCCAUCGACACCCUCGAACAAUCAAUACACAAUUAGCAUCUCAACGUGAAAUGUCGACAAUGUUCGCACUUUAUGCAUUUCUUCUUUAUGAUAAUCCCGAUUUCUUUAAUGCGGGAUAUCCGACCUUUCGGCUCGACUGGUCCUUCCGGAUAUUAGAACGAUUCACAGUCUCUCUUAAGCACUCCACUUUGAAAAGCAUCCAUUUUGUGAUAUUCAAUCUAUGGAUCCUCUUUGAUAAGAAACUUGGACGAUCUUGGUUGCAAUCUGUCUUGAGCGCCCACUACAAGGCGUCUGAUACGUAGCAAGCACAGCGCGGUUGUGUCUUAAUUUUAAUCUAUUCCAAUGUUCGUGUGGUACCUUUUUUUUUUUCCUUGGACGGUGCCGACUAUGUUUAGAGGCAAA